AUGGCGGCUAAGAGAGGAGCCAUAAACAUAUACAGAGCUUCCUUUUUACACAGAGAUCACAACAACAGUGCUCGAUCAGUUGCUGAUGGAGUCAGCAUCAUCAAUAGCUCUCGUCACUUCUCAUCACACGGAAACAACGGAAGAGAGGAGUCAAAGCAAGAGGGAAUGGGGACAACUACAGAUGGCAAAGCUCCGAAUGUGACAUUGAGUCAUGCCGCUGACACAGCCAAAGAGGGAUUGGAACGAGCCACCGAUGCAGCCACCAAGGAGAGUGGAGAUGUGGGCAAGCGGAAGAGUGCAGAGAAUGAAGGAGGUGAACAAGAGAAAGUAGCUGUGGGUGAGGAUGGAACUGUCGAAGGCCAAAAUCAGUCCUCAGGGUGA